AUGUCGAGGUUCUUUUUCCCAGGCCUCGCUCAGUUUCCUGCCGUGCCUGUUGCUUUUGACAUUGGCAGCCGCCUCUCUUUGCAGGCACUGGCUAUACCAGUGAAGUUCUCUGAAAAGUAUCAGUCUCCUCACUACCUCUAUGUGAAGGAGCACAAAGUCAGAGAGGACACAGAUCCUAACAGGCCACCAAACCGUACCCUUUUCAUCCUCAAUGUCCCGCCAUAUUGCACAAAGGAAUGCUUGUCGAGGCUGUUCUCUGGCUGCUGUUCUGUGCAGUCUGUGGAGAUGUGCGAAAAGCCAAGGCUGGGAGAAAAGCCAGAAGCACCUGAGUCCAAGUUCUUCAACACUAAGACAUUGUUGGGAUUCAGGGUGGCCUAUGUGGUAUUCAAGAGUCCAGCUGGUAUACAGGCUGCCCGGUCGUUAUCAACAAAGGGGCCCCUCGUGAUCUCUUCAGUCAAUCAUCCUGUGCCAACUGGAAUUCUCAAAUGGAUUGCUGGGUAUGCUGCAUCAGUUGUGGAUCCCGCUGAGUUGAAGAAAGAAGUGGAUGCUUUCAUGCAAGCCUAUGACCAGAAGAUUGCUGAGGAAGACGCAAAAGCUGAGGAUGAAGACGGUGUCCCAGAUGAGGAGGGAUGGGUGAAGGUGACAAGGAAAGGUCGAAGGCCUGGAGUUCCACGGACAGAGGCAUCCAACCUUCGGGCGCUGGAGAGAGAGAAGCGCAAGAGAGCACGCAAGGAGCUCCUCAACUUCUAUGCUUGGCAGCAUCGUGAAACUAAGAGGGAGCACAUAGCCCAGCUGAGGAAGAAAUUUGAAGAGGACAAACAGAAAAUUGCACUCAUGCGAGAACAGCGGAAGUUCCGGCCGUACUGAAUCUCCAGGUGUUUCCAGAAGGAGAGCCA